CUUCACUCUGACUAACCAUUAAUAACAGUCCCACUGGGGCAUUAUAGAGUACUUAGUCGAGAGCCAAGUCGUAUGCAUCUCAGUCGGAGGUAAAAAAUUCAUGAAGACCAACCAAACAUGUCUGUGGAACUCAAUAAGAAUUGCUGAAAUGAACAUUUCGAAAAAAGUAGCGCAGCAGACAACAAUAAGUAACCAUGAACGUCGCCAAUUCGGUUGUUUAAUGUCCCUGGAGGUAGGUGGGAGUUGAUGUGUAUCCGCACAGAGAAAGCGGUGAUGGGAAGCGGCAGUUCCAGGUCUUCUUCCCUGAAAAAAGUGUGUUCAGAUCACUGUGGGGGAAUUAAUUGGCUAAGUUUAAGCCCUGAUGGAAGCUACCUGCUCACUGCCAGCGAAGACGGAACAGCUCGGCUGUGGAAGACUUCAGAGCAAAAAAGCUGUAUGCACUUCCAGGGACAUGAGAGCUAUAUCACACACUGUCACCUUGAAAACGAUGUGGCCUAUACAUGCAGUGCAGACCAGACCAUUCGAAAGUGGGAUGUGGCGACAGGUUGCUGUACAGUUGUCUUCAGAGGCCAUACCUCCAUUGUUAAUAAGCUCUUAGUGACCAGAAGCUGUCUGUUUAGUGGUUCCUAUGAUCGGACUGCGCGCUGCUGGAGUUUGGACACUGGGAGGCAGCUGCAGGAAUUCCGAGGUCACUGGAACGGUGUUCUGGCUCUGGACCACUUCUACUCUCAGGACUUCCUGCCAGAGUUGGACAGUGAACAGAAUAAGGAGUUCCUCAUUACAGGCAGCACUGACUGCACAGUAAAGCUCUGGCUGGUUCCCAGUGGACGCUGCUACCAGACGUUACGUGGGCACAAGGGGGCCAUCUUGUGCAUGGCUCUGGACAUCCCCAACAGGGCUCUGUUCACAGGGAGCAGGGAUUACACUGUGAGACGAUGGGACCUGACCACAGGGGAACAGACCAAGGUGUUUCAGGAGCACCAGGGAUCAGUCAUCUGUUUAGAGCUUGCGAAUCGACAUUUAUACUCUGGUAGUGCGGACCAAACAGUCAAGUGCUGGAAAUCGGAAUCUGGGAAAUGUAUUCGGACAUACAAGGCACACAAGCAUACUGUCAGUACAAUGAAAUACCACAAUGGAAUAUUGUUUACAGGAAGUGGUGACUCAUGUGCCAGAGCCUUUGAUACUAAAUCUGGGGUCUUAAAAAAAGUAUUCAGGGGACACACCUUUGUUAUCAAUUGCUUACAGAUUCACAACCAUAUACUGUAUACUGUGUCCCAUGAUGGCACUUUGAGAGUGUGGGAUGUGCAGGGUCUUUUUGAGCAGGAGAAGUGCUGUAAGAAGUCUAACAGAGACAGACAGUGCAAGAACUCACGGAAAAGCAGCCUGUCCAGACUCUGUAAGAAUAGAGUGGGGUGUGUCUGGGAAGAAGAGCAACCACCGAGUGCACAGAGUGUUCAGGUCAGGAGGGAAAGCUACGAACGAGAGGCUGUUGAACUGAUAUGAAUACUUUCACAGAUAAAUUAUUUUGAAGGACUAUUUAGAUUUUUUAUUAUUGUAACUGCCAGAUUCUUACUAUAAUUGUCAUAAAAAUAAACACUAUUUGAUAUAAA